CCACCCCCCCUUCCCGCCAAAAGCGCACGGCGCUCAUUGUUUGUGACUAGAGGCUGAUUUCUUUGUCGGAGCGCGGAGAAAAAACUUCAGACUAGAGUGUCUCUCUACACUCACACUGGAAACUUUUUCACUUGAAGAACUAGCUUUUCUAUGAGCUGAGCGCGGAAGCUUCCAUACAGAGUGUUCCACGUGGCCCUCCUUCACACUUCUAUAGAGUGUUCCUCCGCCAUUUGUGUCGUCACGGCGUGGCGGCAAUACUGGAUAUCUCAACAUUUACCUCAAAUUUCUUAAUCUGCCUUAAAGCAUUAAGCAUUUGAAAUCAUGGAGGACUGGGAAGAGGACCAGGAUAUUGCUGAAUGUGCGACAGUGAGCAAUGGAAAAGUAUGGAACUCUGAUCAAAAGUGUUUUGUUAGUCAAAAUGGGAGUGAAGACAGUUCCUGGAACAGUGUUUAUGCUGGUAGAGGAGGGGGUGACUGUAACUUCUCUGGAGACAGGAGUUACAGGGGAAGAGGUAGAGGAAGAAGUCAAGGCAGAGGAGCACCAAGAGGCCUUAGAGGAGGGUUCACAGACCCCUCUUUAGGGUUCGGAGGUUAUAUUAGAGGAAGAGGUGGCCCAGGAGGCAGGGAGCCACCAGGGAACUACAGUGAGGCAAGUAACAGCGAGGCCAGGAAUAGAGGACGUAGAGGAGGUUUCAGAGGGGGAGGAUACCAAGGAAGGGAUGAAGAUGUAUUUGCUGAUAUUCAAGGUUUGUCUGAAAGUGACCAAAAGAGAGCUGUUGGAGAAGGUCUAGGUCCAAAAGUAACCUAUGUACCUCCUCCACCACCGGAGGAGGAGGAUUCCAUCUUUGCUCGCUAUGAAACUGGCAUCAACUUUGACAAGUACGAUGAUAUCCUGGUCGAGGUUAGCGGCCACAACCCUUCACAAGCCAUUGUGACGUUUGAGGAAGCUGGACUCUGUGAAUUGCUCAGCAGGAAUGUCAGCAAAUCAGGCUAUGUGAAACCCACGCCAGUUCAGAAACAUGGCAUCCCUAUUGUUCAGGCUGGACGAGACCUAAUGGCUUGUGCACAGACAGGGUCUGGGAAGACUGCUGCUUUCCUUCUGCCCAUUCUCCAGAAGCUGCUGACAGAUGGUGUUGCUGCUAGCAGAUUCAGCGAGAUUCAGGAGCCCAGUGCCAUCAUUGUGGCCCCAACUAGAGAACUUAUCAACCAGAUCUACCUGGAGGCCAGGAAGUUUGCCUUUGGGACAUGUGUGCGCCCUGUUGUUGUGUAUGGAGGAAUAAGCACAAGCUAUACAAUUCAAGAGGUGUUGAAAGGCUGCAACAUAUUAUGUGGUACGCCUGGAAGGCUAUUGGAUAUUAUCAGACGGGGAAAGGUUGGGCUCAGCAAGGUUCACUACCUGGUGCUGGAUGAGGCGGAUCGUAUGCUGGACAUGGGGUUUGAACCUGACAUGCGUAGACUGGUGGCUUCCCCAGGGAUGCCUUCUAAAGAACACCGACAGACCCUCAUGUUCAGCGCUACUUACCCUGAAGACAUCCAGAAGCUUGCAGCAGAGUUCCUAAAGGUCAACUAUCUUUUCCUUACUGUUGGUCAAGUGGGUGGGGCUUGCAGCGAUGUUGAGCAGCAUGUGCUCAUGGUGACCCAGUAUUCCAAAAGAGAUCAGCUGUUGGAGAUCCUAAGAACAACAGGUACAGAGCGCACAAUGGUCUUUGUAGAAACCAAAAGAAAAGCAGACUUCAUUGCAACAUUCCUUUGUCAGGAGAAAAUACCUACCACAAGCAUUCAUGGUGACCGGGAACAGCGGGAGCGUGAGCUGGCCCUGGGUGACUUUAGGUCUGGCAAAUGUCCCGUCCUUGUGGCCACCUCUGUUGCUGCCAGAGGACUGGACAUUGAACAUGUCCAGCAUGUGGUGAACUUUGACCUUCCAUCCACCAUCGAUGAGUAUGUCCAUCGCAUUGGUAGGACUGGCCGGUGUGGGAAUACAGGGAGAGCAGUGUCAUUCUUUGACCCAGGAACUGACACUCCACUUGCUCGUUCCCUGGUUAAGGUUCUUUCUGGAGCCCAACAGGAGGUGCCUUCAUGGCUGGAGGAAAUAGCCUUUGGCGCACAUGGCACCACAGGGUUUAGUCCUCGUGGGACUGUCUUUGCUUCUGUAGAUACCCGUGAAGGGGGAUUUUUCCAGAAAGAGAACCAGCAACACAAUGUUCAGAAACGCAGUGUUCAACAUCAAAUAGCUGAAGAAGACUGGGAAUGAAUCCUUUACUUUUGUUGGAUUACUGAAAAUUGUUUUCAUUGGUUUUGCACAUUUAUAUUUGCAAACUUGUGUGCUUCAGAAUUAUAGGUAUGCUAAGUUAAACCUUUCAACAGGUAAUAUUUGGGUAAUGUUAAGUAUCUUAAGUUGCUUGAGUAACUUGACUAGAAUUUUGACAUUGGGAAGAAAUGCAGCUUCACAGAAUUGUUUACAUAACUUUUUUUUUUUUGGGGGGGGGGGUCUAAAUUUGCAUACAUCACUGCUACUUCUACAAAUUUUUGUUAGAGGUUGAAUUAAAAUUAGAAAUGCUUAUGUCUACAGUAUUCAUGCUGUUGUCUGUUGACCCAGAGGACACAUUCAGAUCAUACUGUCUUGCAGCUUUCACUAAAUGUAAUGUUCUGUUUCAGGUUAUAAUCAAUAAAUGACAAAUUUUCA